GCUGACCGAGCACGCAGGCGGCGUUGCCAUAACAGCAGCGCGAAGCCGAGCUGCUUUGCAGUGAUUUUCGGGGCUUUCAGCCUGAAGACAGAACCGGUCCUCCGCAGGACCGACAUUUCCACCGCCCUGCGGGCAACGCCACCGUCUCCUGCCGAACAAUAUCUGCUGUCACACGCAAGCGUGAAAUCUGACGUGAUGCUCGUGCCACCGUCCCAUUCAGUGGUUUGUUGGGAUCCUCCCUUUAGACACGCGCGCACGUGAGCUGGUAGCGACACAAACAGCAGCCUUCAAACGGACGUGGCCGGCCGCCGAUCAGGGGGACAUCGACAGCGACCUGGACUGAUUUCCGGCGGCAAUGCGAAGAUGGCGAGAGUGCUCCACAACUUGCUGUUAUUUGUGACGAGACUCGCGCUGCGGAUCAGACUCGUGGGCUACUGGUCGCUGGUGUACGGGUAUUGUGCUCUGUGCGCCGCCGUGGCCCUGCUGAAACUUUGGUGGAGCGUCGUGUUGAGGCCGACGGCCACCUUCCAGUGGGUGGUGCGUGAAACUCCCCCGGCUUGUCUGAACGACACGUCCUUGGGAACCCACUGCUAUGUUCGAAUCAAGGAGUCUGGCCUCCGGUUUCACUAUGUUGCAGCUGGAGAAAGAGGGAAGCCACUCAUGCUGUUUUUGCAUGGAUUCCCCGAAUUCUGGUUCUCCUGGCGCUACCAGCUGCGUGAGUUUAAGAGUGAGUUCCGUGUGGUGGCCGUGGACAUGAGAGGCUACGGUGAGUCCGACCUGCCCCUCUCCACUGAGAACUACAGCUUUGACUACCUGGUCACCGACGUGAAAGACAUCGUGGAGUAUUUAGGGUACAACAGAUGCUGCCUGGUAGGCCACGAUUGGGGCGGGACUAUCGCGUGGCUGUUCGCCAUUCAUUACCCUGAGAUGGUGACAAAACUCAUCGUCCUGAACUGUCCCCAUCCUUCGGUGUUCACAGAUUAUGCUCUGCGUCACCCGAGCCAGCUGCUGAAAUCCAGUCAUUUCUUUUUCUUCCAGCUGCCCCGCUUCCCGGAGCUCAUGCUCUCCAUCAAUGAUUUCAAGGCUCUGAAGGCUUUAUUCACCAGCCGCAACACCGGGAUUGGGAGGAAGGGUCGGUGGCUUACUGCAGAAGACCUGGAGGCCUAUCUGUACGCACUCUCGCAGCCGGGAGCUUUAACAGGAGCCCUCAACUACUACAGGAAUGUUUUCAGCUCGCUGCCCUUGAACCACAAAUACGUCCGGUCUCCGGUGCUGCUACUGUGGGGAGAACGGGAUGCGUUCCUGGAGCAAGAGAUGGCGGAAGCCUGCCGCCUCUACAUCAGAAAUCACUUCCGUCUCAACAUCAUCUCUGGGGCCAGUCACUGGCUGCAGCAGGACCAGCCUGAUAUUGUGAACACCCUCAUGUGGACCUUUCUAAAGGAGGGAGAGGGUCGCAAAAGCUACAGGAACUAAACCAACAGUGGAGCCCCACACCCCCCCCCCACCCCACACCCCCUGACUUCUCACUCCUUAAAGCCUUUAAUAUGCCUGUGACACCAAGCAACGUAGUGAUGACGAUGCAAUCAUUCUUUAAAACUUUUCACAGUUUAAAUAUUUUUAAUGAAGUCAGCAGUGAAAAGAAAAAAAAAACCAAAGCACACCUCACCACAGAGGACGCUAGAGAGGACACGAGAAACAUGUUCAAGGUGUUUUUUUGCACAUGACAGUGGCAUCCGCCUUAAAGUUUGUCGGUUACAGCGUUACAAAUGUGUGGCAGAAGUUUUUUGUGACUUGUGUGGUGCCUUUUAACUUUUUAGCAGUGUAAAGAUGUCAUGUUAUUGGGAUGUUGUGUUGUCAGCUUUGCGUGUGUUUCACCGGGUCGCUCGCCUCUAUCUUGGGCACAGAUCUAUGGGAGUCAGAUCUCCCUAGCUCCCUUUAUCAGGUAGUGUUUGUCAAAAGGACUUUUUGUUUUUUAUAUUUUUUUCCUCAAAGACACUUGCUCAAACAUAGAGAAUGUCAUCUUGAUCUUCCUGUCUAGAAACGCCGUUAACUAUUGUACUUUUUUGUAACUCUUCCACACCACACGUUGAAAUCCACUGAGCCAGGUCUACACUCUUUGAUUUUAUAAAUAAACCGAAUACGUGUCGAUCUAUCAGA